AUGGACUACCUCGUCCGCUUCGCGCAGGCGCACGAAAGGUUCCGCCGGCCGGAACUCGAAGCGCUGGCCGACCUGGCCCGGCUGCCGUGCGAGAUUGUGUCUUAUGCCGAGAACACGCCGUUUUGUAUUGUCUGGUUUCCAACUCUACAAAAUCCAGGCAAUGCCAACGACACCGACGAUAUGUCAGGUCUAGAUAGGAGGGAGACUGUCGAGCAGGCCGUCCGCGAUUUCGAGAGCCGCGCCAUCCUCUCCAAAUGCAUCUACGAGAUCUGGGGCCAAGGGGCGGACUACGAGGAAUUAGACCGCGACGUCACGCAGCGGAGUCGCCAUCUCUGGGACCUGUACAAGCACCAUUCGUUCAAGUUCUCCAUUGACUGCUACGGGAGCUCGCAGGACGCGGAACAGCAGCGCCGCACGAUCGACCGGUUCAAAUAUCUCGGUCUGCUCGGCAAGAUCAGGAUGAAGGACCCCCAGGUCGAGUUUGCCGUGCUGGAAGAGUGGCUGCCGAUGACUGCGGCUGGUCGUGCAGCAGAUAUGACGGCGGCCCAUGCGUCAAAAGAUGGCACUGUGCCCGUAGAUCGAGUGGCGGGCACAAGUCUCAGGAGAGUCUUUCUGGCUCGCAAGAUCGGUGAUUCGCAGCGUUGGCUGAGAGAGAAACACGAUCUGAAAAAACGGCCGUACAUCUCGACCACGUCCAUGGAUGCCGAACUCGCGCUGGUGACGGCGAACAUGGCCCUGGCUAGUCCCGGAAAGAUGUUUCUGGACCCGUUCGUCGGCACGGGAGGGUUCAUGGUGGCGGCGGCGGAAUUGGGCGCCGUGGUGAUGGGGUCGGACAUCGAUGGCCGCAGUUAUCGCGGCAAGGGGGCCGGGCUGGAGAAAGGCGUGGGCGCAAAUUUCAAGAAAUAUGGGCUUGAACAUCUUUUCGUUGACUGCAUGUGUUCCGAUCUGACCAAUACCCCCUUCCGCAGGUCUGCGAGAGGGCAGAAACCAAGUUCGCAGAACGUCAGGUGGUUGGAUGGCAUUGUUUGCGAUCCUCCCUACGGCGUGAGGGAGGGCUUGAAGGUCUUGGGGACGAGGACGAGAAGAGCGGUUCUGCUCGCAUCCAACGCCGACGGGGAUGAUUUGGCUGCUGCUGCUGCAGACACGCCGCGGGAAAUCCUGGUUGACGGCAUCCCGGCGCACAAGUUGCCCGGAUACAUUGCGCCCAAGAAACCAUAUUCCUUCUCUCGCAUGCUGGAUGACAUCCUCGACUUCGCCGCGGCUACGUUGGUCGACGGUGGCCGGCUUGCGUUCUGGAUGCCGAGUGCCAAUGAAAACGACCUCGGCGAGGAAGAGGUGACUGUCAUCCCGACGCACCCGCAUCUGCUGCUGAAGCACGAAUGCGUACAGCGCUUCAAUAAGUGGAGUCGGAGGUUGUUGGUUUAUGAGAGGCUUCCGGGACACUUGGAUUCCAAGGUCGAGAUUGACGAGCUCGACGGCGGUCAAGCAGUCGGGGACCGUACGGCUCAGACGGCGGAUGAGCUGAACCCUUUCCGGAAGAGAUAUUUCCAGCCGGUCGUGGACAACAAGAAUGGAAGCUAA